AAAAUAAUUGCAAUACUUUUUUUUACUUUUAUCUUUCCUACACAUUGUCGAGUGCUAUAGAGUCGCUGGGUACAGUGAAGAAUUUUUGUUUUGUAUCAGGGUUGGUCAGUUCAACCAAGCUAUCCAGCCUUGGAAGUCAUCCGGUUCUGCCUUCAACUAUCCAGUUCAUCCUGCAACGAUCCAGCCUUCAACGAUCCAGUUCAUCCUGCAAUGAUCCAGCCUUCAACGAUCCGGUCUUCAAUGAUCCCGUCUUUGCCGAUCUGGUCUUCAACGAUCCAGUCUUCGCCGAUCCGGCCUUCAACGAUCCAGUCUUCACCGAACCGGCCUUCAACGCGAAAUAUGCAUCGAGUUGGGAAUUCUGUCGUCCGUCGAGAACGGCGCUCCGAUGGGUCAGCCGUUUACGGCACCCGUGGCCACCGUUGCCCUGCUGAUUGUUUGUGCGCGCGGGAACGAGGUUCAUGUCUUCACCUGUCUGCGUGGACGUUUCGGCGUGGAGAGUUUAUUCGGAACGUCGAACCGGCUUUCGAGGAGAUCUGGAACAUUAUGCGGUCUCCGAAAUCUUAUGGCAAGGAAUCUCCGAGGUGGAAUUAUCUACCUCCCUGUUUAAUCUUUUCAAUCUCGAAAGGCUUUGGCUUUUUCGGGGUUGAAAAGAAGUGGUAUACCGGCGACAUACCUCCUCAUACCAGAUAUUGGUACGAAAAUGCUCCGAGCUCCGAGCGUCUGAAAACGCUUCAGGCGCUCGGAUUGAGCGAAAAACCUCUCUUGGCUGGAGAUGGCGUGCCACUCACGUGGACAGCAUCUUGGGCCUUUUUGUGGUUUAUUUUGUUUUCGGGCCUGUUUUCCUGGCCCGAAGCGUUAUCGGAGGCAAUAGAUACUGUUCAUAGAAGGUAUCUAUUAGCUUCUUGUCCUGGGCCGGUUACCCCGGACCUGUAUGCAGAGUCCUCUGGGAUUGUUAAUACAUGGGGUUGCACUCUUAUGCAUUGGGCUGCUCGGAUUUCACCGAGGCAGAUAUUGAAACGAUUUUUCGUUUACGAGGCGCCUUGGAUUGAGGACCUGAUUGGUGUUUCUGAUGGAACUGUAGCAAGUGCCAGGAUGACUUUGAUUGAAAAUUUUACAUAAGUAUAGUAAUUAAUCAUUGUAUCGAGAAAUAAUGAAAUAAAAAUAUAUUUUUGAUGAGUCUAUCUAUGUUUCGCGUUGUUAAUUAUAGCCAAAUAUCACCAAUUUGAACUUUGUUGUUUCUCUUUCCUUGUUUCUUCUGCUUGUGCUUUUUCUCCUCUGUUUGGUCUUCCCUAAUUUCAUUGUCGUCGAAUUUCCAACAUUGUUUUUACGAACCUCAGUGACGUCGUUGACCGUCGGGUGCACAAUAUUGAACUUGACACUCAUGGCAAUUUUAUUUUGUUAUUCUCUGCCGUGGAGACAUAUGAUCCUCCUGGCAAACGAUACCGAUUUUAAUUUGAGCAAGUGUUGCGAAAUUUGCAUUUAUAAUCGUUAGGUGAAAAUGUAGCGUUUUGGCCAAAUUGAUUUUCAAUGGCAUAAGUUUUUGUUUAGUGUUCAACAUGCCUCGAUUAGACAAGGUCCCCGAUUUCGUCUCGGUUCCAAAUUCAGGACCGUUGGAAAAGCGGUGUUCGGAGGCUCCUCGGUCAUUGUCAGACCCGUCUUCGCAGACCUCGAACCAGAAGUCUUUAGGACCGUCGUCUUCGGCUGCUCAGCCGUCAUCUGCUCAGCGCAUUUUGCCAACCACAACAAGAAACGAGGUGCCCGUGACUCGACGACGUCGCGUGGCCGGUCCUCGUAAUAGGAUACGGCCGUGGAGCGGCGAGGUAAUCCGGGCUUUUUUCACCUCUCGCGGGGUGCGCCAUGAAAUAUUGCCCAGCACAGAGGAGAUGCCCGAUGGCACAAAAAGAAAAGUGUUCAAAUAUUAUUAUGUUAAAUCAAAUUUAAAAUAAUUGAAUAAAUAUCAUUUUUCUACGAAAGAAAAAAAAAUCUUUUCUGUAUCAAUUUGUGAAAUAAUUCCUUAUCUGGAUUUUCGCUCUUUAUCGAUUAUGCCGUUCGUGAUCUAUUGAGUUUUUUUUUUCACCCAGUUAAUGUUCAGAUUCUCCAACCCUCUUCUUACGAGUAAAUUUCCAAAAUUUAACGGAGGAUUUUUGGCAUUAAUUUGAAUUCUGUUGCCGUAGUAAUACGGUCUACAUUUACUUAAAACAUAAACAGUUGCUAUUGUGAUUUUUUCGGUUUCCGACUUUACAGAGUCUUUGCGUCGAAAUUCUUCCGAAAGGUAUUUGACUAAUUUAUUUUGUCCCGUUUUAACCAGUUUUGCACAAAAUGUGUUCUCAUUGACAUCAAUUGUUAGCAUAAGUGUUUCGUAAUUAACUUUCAGGAUUGGAAUAUAUGAUAACUGAUUUAUUAGCAUAUAAAAGGCUUUUUCUUGAACCAAAUUAAGUUCAAAUGUUCUUUUCUCUAGUGUCAGUUUGAUCAAAGGGCUUGAUAAUGCUAUCCAUGCUAUCAUAAACGAUUUAUUAUCCUUGCAGAGAUUCAAAAAUUUCUUGAUCUCGUGAGCAUUAUUUGGUUUUAAAAAGUUUAAUUCUCUGAUAUUCAUAAUUUGUUUUAAAUGUUAUUACUUACCCCAAUUAAAAUUUUAUCUGAAAUCCAUAAAUCGUUUUCAGGAUUAAUUUGCAAUUAAUUGUGUUUGUAUUAUUGUGUUAACUUUUUCCUAGAUUUUUUUUUUUUUUUUUUUUUUUUUCAUAACCCACUUGUCUCUAAUCGUAGUAUUUUUUCAAUCUAUUAUUAUGUACAUGUUCUAAUUUAUUACCAUUUUUGAUGGUGGUCGUUUGGUCACUGUUAAACUUAACUAUAUCGUAAGGACCUCUCCAUUUUGUUUGUAGUUUCUGUCCAAUCCCUGUUUGAACCAUCUGUACUAGCACUCUGUCUCCCCACAUUGGUAUCCAGUCGUUUGUUUUUUUGUCGUAGAUUUCCUUCCUCUUUUCUUUUGACAGUAUCAAAUUGUUUCGAGCAAUUUCAUGAGCAUCUUUGAAUGUUACUUUCAUUUGACGAAUGUAAUCAUCAUAGUUUAAAUCUGAGUCGUUGACUUUGUAAACUGAACUUGGUAUUGUAGGUUUACGUCCAAAUAUAAGUUCAUACGGUGAAUAUCCUGUAGAUGAGUUUAUAGUUGUAUUAUAUUCAAACAUGAAGUAUGGGAUCAAUUCAUCCCAAUUCUCGGGUUUGUUUCCAAUAAAAUUUCUCAAAUAAAUUUUUAAUUCUCUGUUUGAUCUCUCAACCAGAUUUGCUUGUGGGUGGUAUGCACUUGUUACAAUUUUCUUUAUAUGUAAAAUCUUACAAACAUGUUGCAUCAUUUUGCUUACAAAAUUUGUGCCACGAUCAGAUACAACUUCUUUUGGAGCACCAAAUUUACAAAUAAAUUGUUCCACAAAAGAUCUAGCAACAGUUGUACUUUCUUGAUUCUCCAUAGGAGCUACAGUCAAAAAUCUUGACAAAUCGUCUUGUAUCACCAGUCCACAAUUAAAUCCAUUUGUUGAAACAGGUAACAUUACCACAUCCAUAUAAAUUUUAUCGAAUGGUUCAUAUGAAGUAGUUGUAAUUUUCAUUGGAAUUUUAUUCGCCGGCCAAAUUUUAUUUUUUUGACAAAGAUCACAUUGUUUAACGUAAUUUAAAACGUCUCUUUUCAUAUUAUCCCAUGUAAAAAGUGGGCUAAUUCGUUUUAACAUUCUUUUUCCUCCGACAUGACCACCUAGUGGUGCGUCAUGAAAAUCUUGUAAUACACGGUCUCUAUCUUCAGGUUUUACAAAUAUUCUUUCACUCUCUGUGAUAAAUAAUGAAAAUAUUUUUGAAAAUGUUUUUGCAAAAAAUCUUAGAAGAUUUAAAUCCAGUUCUAGAUUUAUUGCUCUGUGCGAAAUGAUUUGGAUUUCUGAAGCUUCUUCUGAAAAUUUCGGGCACUGUUUAAAUCCCUCUAAUAAAUUAUCAAAUAAUUCCUCGGUUUUGAUAGCUGAUCGGUACGUUCCAUUCAAAAUACAGCCCCAUACUUUCUUCUCAGGAAUAAUAAAUAUGUUUUCCUUUGUAUAAUCUUUUAACCCAUGUGGAAGAUCAACGUAUUUACUGAGUUCUUUAUAUGCUGUUACACUGUUAAUAAUCAUAAAAGUAGCUUUAGCUUGUUCUAGAGGAACUAUUUUUUUUGAAAAUUUUAAUGUAUUGAAAUCAAUUUCUGCCUCUUCAAAAUCCUUAAACGUGAAAUUUAAUUUAUUAUUGUUAUCUGUCUGAACUUGUACAUUGAUAUUCUGAAGAUUGUCCAUUUGUGGAUCCCAAUUUGAAAUUGAAUUUUUAGGUCUUUCGUUUUGCUGCAAUUUUUUUUUUUGAUUUCGAGUGGUAAUAGCAACUAAAUUUCCAGCUUGCUCUUCCUCAACGGUAUUCUCCUCAUUUUUCAAACGUGAGAGAAAAUCAGCUACCACGUUUUCUUUUCCUUGCUUGUACCUGAUUUCGCAUCCUAUGCCUUGAAUUUUCAAUCGAAGUUUUGUUAAAGUUGGAGAUGUUUCUUUUAGAUGCCAUAGAGCAACCAAUGGUCUAUGAUCUGUGUAAACUAUGAAAUUUUGGUUGUAGAUAUAAUGCUUGAAAUGAUCUACUGCCCAGACAAUGGCAAGUAGCUCUUUUUCAAUCGUAAAAUACUUCUUUUCCGCUCCAAUAAGCGCACGACUUGCGUAAGCAAUGGGGUGAUCGUUCGAUUUUUCAUUAGUUAAUACAGCUCCGAUAGCAUAAUCGCUAGCAUCCGUUGUUAACACGAAUGUAUCGUUGAAAUUUGGGCGAACCAAGAUUGGUUCUGAAAUUAAAUAAUUUUUCAAUUCCUCGAAUGCGGUUUCGCAUUCUUCGGACCAUUUAAAUUUAACGUUUUUCUUUAAUAAUUCAUUCAAAGGUUUGCGUUUUUCAGCAAUAUUUUGUAUAAAUUUACCAUAAAAAUUUACUGUUCCUAAAAAUGACCUUACAUCCCGAAUUGUUUGUGGUUUUUUCAUAUUUUUAAUGGUUGCGAUGUUAUCUUCAGUUGGUCUGAUGCCUUCUUCACAGAUGAUAUGGCCUAAAUAUCUUACCUCUCUGUGUAAAAUUUUACAUUUAGAUGGCUCGACUUUUAAAUUAUUUACUUGUAAGGCUUUCAACACUUUGCACAGAUUUUCAUUGUGUUCUUCGAUAGUUCUACCAAACACAAUAAUGUCGUCCAAAUAUACAAACGCAUUAACUGGUUGUAUUUCGUAAAUUAGCGUGAAUGUAAAUUUUUGGAAUGUUGAUGGGCUAUUUUUCAGUCCCAUCGGCAUUCUCUCAAAUUCAUAAUGUCCUCUAGGUAUUGAAAAAGCUGUUUUUGCUGCAUCUUUUGGAUUAAUCGGUAUUUGAUAGAAUCCCGAUUUAAGAUCAAUGGUUGAGAAAUAUUUAGCUUCUCCAAUGCUGUCCAAAAUUUCGCUAAUUAGCGGUAUUGGGUAUACAAAAGGUUUAGUAAUUGUGUUGAGUGCUCGAAAAUCUACUACAAUUCUGUAGCGUUUCUUGCCUUCGGCAUCUAAGUCUUUCUUCGGGAUGCAUAAUACCGGUGCAUUCCACGGACUUUUACUUGGGCGAAUUAUGCCUAACUUUAGCAUUUCUUCGAUUUGUUCAUCAAUAUGCUUUUUUGUUGAUUCCGGAAAUCUAUAUUGUCGUUUAUUAAUGGGUAUUUCUGUCGUUGUUUCAAUCUCAUGCAUCGUCAGAUCUGUAUGUGUAAAUUCAUCUCCUUCCAAGAAGAAAAUGUCAUUAAAUUUGUAUAACAUGAAUUUCAUUUCCCUAUUUAACUCUCCUUUUAAGUGAUCUGUAUUUAUUAAUUCAAGGAUUUUAUUCAUUCUCUCCUCUCCUACUAAUUUUCUACAUUUUUUUGUUAUCUAAAAUAUCAUAAUCUUGGUUAUAUUCCAGAUUAUAUUCUUUUGGUUGUUCUUCGAAUUCGAUUUCUUCAAUUUCAACCAUGUUUUGAUUUGUUAAAAAUCCAUGAUUGAUUUCUGAUCUGUUUUCCUCAGUAUCUUCAUCCGUUUCUGAUUCAUUUUCAAAAAACUCUUCAUCACUUUCAGAAUUAUUUUCAGUUAUUUCUUCGUCAGUAUCAGUAUCAUUGUUAAAUAUUUCCUCUUUUUCGACUUCUACUGGAAUAUUUGGGUUUUUUAAUAUAAUAUAAUUAAAUUCUUUACUUAUUGAUAGUGUAUGUUGUUUUAAAAACUCGGCACCCAGAAUCGCUUGGCAUGCUAGAUUCUUGAUAACAUAAAACUUGGUAUAAAAUGUUGUAUCCUCGAUUAAUAGAUUUAUAUAAAUUGACCCAAUAGAUUUAAUAUUGUUAUUGCUUAUUCCUCUUAUUAAAAUUUUAUCUUGAUAAUUAAUAUCGAUGUUACCUGUUUUGUCUAAGAUAUUGCUUCUAAUUAAGUUUGCAAAUGACCCAGAGUCAACUAAGAACGAUAUUUUGUAAUUAGGGUUGUUAAUUGUUGGAAUUUUCACUAUUAACUUUUUGUUAGUGUCAUAGUUAAUUUUCAAACGUUUAUUCCUUGAAAGAUUUCUUAUUCCCACUGAUGCUCCGCAAUGUACACAGUCGGAUUCAGGUAACUUUUUUAUGCGUCUAUUUGAUUCUUUUCUAUUAUGGGGUUUUUGGACGCCAUACAUAACAAAAUCCCCCUUAUUUAGUUUUUUCUAUUCAUGUUAUUUCUGUUAUUGUUAUAAUUUUGGUACUGGAAAUUUCUAUUAGUAGGUGUAGUAUGGUAAGACGAAUUAUUUCUUGGUGAAUUGAAAUUUCCAUUUUGAUUAUUUUGUCUAUUGAAGUUUCUGUUUUGAGAGUUCUGUCCUUCAAAGUUUCUAUCUUGAAAAUUUUGUCUGUUAUAAUUUCCAUUUUGGAAAUUUUGUUGGUUAUUCCUGUUUUGGAAAUUUUGUCCGUUAUUUCUGAAUUGGAAAUUUUGGUUGUUGUUUCUAUUUUGAAAAUUUUGGUUGUUAUUUCUGUUUUGGAAAUUUUGAUUGUUAUUCCUGUUUUGGAAGUUUUGGUUGUUAUUUCUGUUUUGGAAAUUUUGAUUGUUAUUCCUGUUUUGGAAGUUUUGGUUAUAAUUUCCUCUUGGGUUGUAGUUUCUAAAAAAUGAGUUUGGUCGAUAAUUACUUGUGUCCAAAUUUUGUCUUGGUUCAGGGGAGUCAUUGAAAUGCAUUAAUGCUAUUCUUUUUUCGAGACUUUCUAACUGUUCGAUUUCAUCUCCUUUAUCAUCCAAAUAUUCUAACAAUUCUCUAAAAGAUUUUUCAUUAACUUCGCUUUUUGCCAAUUUUUUAAGGUCUGUACUGCGAAGACCACACGUAAAAUGUCUUUUUAAAUCUGUUUCCGCGUACUCAUUUUCCCCGUUUACAUACGAUUCGAUAGUUUCUAAAAUUGUCAACCCCCUCUCCAUAUAAUCCUUAAGGCUCUCGUGAGGUUUUUGCCUCAACAUUUCCACUUCCUCCAUAACUCCACCGAUAGAACGGUGUUCUCCAAACUCCUUACUGAUUUUGAGUUUUGUAAGCGGCCAUGUUAAAUCUUUGACACGGUUUACAAAUUUUUUCGCUCUCCCCUUCAUUUUUGACAUAACAGUUUGAAUCAAGAGAUCAUGACUUGUUUCCUCGGGUAUGUCUUUCGCAAAGAAGUCAAUUUGUAGGAAGAACGCAUCUAAUUCAUCAGCCUCCCCCAUGAAGUCUGGAAUGCAUUGCAUCGCCAUUUGCAUAGGAAAUACAUAAGGCGUUGCCAUUUCGAUAACUGAUUUUUUUGAUUGAUUAUUUGGAUUUUUUUCGGGCAAAAUUUCCGAAUUUUCUAAGAUUUUAACGCACUCAAAAUAGUGUUCUCUGAAAGUUGUAUAUUUCUGAUAUAGCUCUUCAAAACAAAAUUCCGAAACUCUAUGUUCGUAUCCUUGCACAAUUUUUUCGUAUUUGUCGAAUGCUUCUCUAAGCUGUUCCGACUUAGUCAAAAUUCCUUGCAGGCUUCUCGCACGUUUUUUAUUUUUAUAAAGGUUCUCGUAUUCUCUACUGAGAUAUACUUCGAGUUCCUCUAACGUUGUCAUAAAGAUGGACAGUAUAAAAUUAUUUCAUACCCAAAUCACGAAUCACGAUAAUCACUUUGCUUUGUGUUACACAAAAAAAAAAUGUAAAAAUAAAGUUUAGAUUACUUACCCGAAAAUUAGUUGUCGAAUCAUUUGUUGUCUCGUCCUGGCGUUCCUAGUCCUCGUCCGGACUUUUUCCGCUUGUCACCAACUGCACCGCCCAGCCGAGCGGUUGCGGAAUUGUGAUACUUCACUAAUCUUAGGCACUGGUCACUCUCGUCUUUUUUACACGUUUUAUUGACAAUUAAGUUGUCCACUUCCUUCGAUGAUUUUUUUCUCUUCAGCUUCUCCGCCUCAGACCAGUGUUGAAUCCAGACUCCAAGUAAUGUGUUGACUCUGCUGUGCUCCAACGGCCAAGUCCCGGGUGGACUUCUCAAACAGCAAACAGCUAAGUCGCGGCCGACUUCUCAAACAGCAAACAGCUAAGUCGCGGCCGACUUCUCAAACAGCAAACAGCUAAGUCGCGGCCGACUUCUCCAGCAGCUAAGUCCCGGGUGGAUUUCUCAAACAGCAAACAGCUAAGUCGCGGCCGACUUCUCCAGCAGCUAAGUCCCGGGUGGAUUUCUCAAACAGCAAACAGCUAAGUCGCGGCCGACUUCUCCAGCAGCGUAGUCCCGGGUGGAUUUCUCAAACAGCAAACAGCUAAGUCGCGGGGCGGACUUCUCGGCUGGCUUCUCGGCUAAGUCCCGGGGUAGACUUCUCGGCUGGCUUCUCGGCUAAGUCCCGGGGUGGACUUCUCGGCUGUCUUCUCGGCUAAGUCCCGGGGUGGACUUCUCGGCUGUCUUCUCGGCUAAGUCCCGGGGUGGACUUCUCGGCUGGCUUCUCGGCUAAGUCCCGGGGUGGACUUCUCGGCUGAUGGCUGCUGAUGGCUGCUGGUGGCUGCUGGUGGGUGCUGGUGGGCCUGGCUGGUCUGGGCUUGAGCUGCUACUGGAACUAACUAACUUUCCUCGAGAAUUAUUUCUACUUAUAUAGUAAAUUUUCCAAACUUUGUUCUACUAAAAAUGGUCAGUUUUGAUGCCGAGCAUCGAUGAACCUCAUGAACUUUUUUAUGCUGACCUCUGUGGUUUUUUUCUGGCUGUCCGCGUAGUUGCGUGAGUUCGAUUCUAAACUGAAAGUCAUGGGUUUAAGCCCUUUUACAAAAGACUUGAUUUACUAAAUUAGAAUGUUGAUAUUGGUUUAAUUUACAUUGUUUUAAAAAUGAAUCUCCUAAUGAGGAAGCCGUGUUUCUACCUAAAUGGACAUGUCCAUGAAUAUAAUUAGGCCACUCCCUUAAUUUCCCCUGCGCUAUAACAUCGCCCCGAUGAAAUCGAAAGCUCAAUCAAUUCUUUAAUUGCCUAUUAUUUGGCGAUAUUCUAUAAAGGGGUUUUCGGGUGGCGUAUGACUCAUGAUCGGUUGCGCGAGCUUAAUUAUUUUGUCGUUCUACCAUAAGUCGGGGAGCAGAAUUUGGUGCUAGGUCAUUUAUGCUUGCGUCGG